GGUGCGUUCCCCCGCGGGCAGCAGCAGGCAGAGCCCCGGGCAGGGGCUGGCGGCGAGGGCUGGGGGGUCGUGGAGCCACCCCAGGGAGUGCCGGGUUAUGGUGCCGCCGGGCUGUUUGCUGGGACGCAGCGGGGGCUGAGCGCGGGGCCAUGGAGGGGCCCGGCCAGGAGGCCUACGAGGAGACGAUGAGGAGGAGCCUGGACCCCGAGGGCUACGAAGACCCCGACAUGAAGGGCUCCCACCUGUCGCUGGGGGAGAUGAGCAGGGCCGGCGCCGGCACCGCGUCCCCCUUGCACACGUGGAGGGCCAGAGCCGAGGAGCUGACGCCCCUGCGCCAGUAUUUGCCCAGCCGCCGGGGAUGCUAUGACGUGGAUGGGAGGAGGCGCGCGGCCGGGGUCCCCCCGGGACAGGCGAGCCGCCGUGGCGGAGGGCAGCCUCCGUCGUUGACCGAUGUGGACCUGGAGGCGGUGGGGAGCAGGAGGCCUGUGUCUCAGCAGAAGACUCAUGAGGGCUACGUGGAGCUGCAUGAGCUGGUCAUGGACACCACGAAGGAGCUGUGCUGGAUGGAGGCUGGCCACUGGCUCAAGCUGGAGGAGGACUUCCAGGAAGCCAGGCAGUGGGGCCAGCCCCAUCUCUCCUUCCUGACCUACCGCAGCCUCCUGGAGAUCCGACGGGCUCUGCCCAAAGGCAUCAUGCUCCUCGACGUGGCGGCCAACUCGCUGGUGGCCAUCGCCUACAUUCUCAUCGACCAGAUGAUCUUCCAGGGGCAGAUCAAGCCGCAGGACAGGGAAGACAUCCUGAGGACUCUGCUGCUGCAGCACAAGCACCCCAGAGAGGGCGAGUCGGUGGGGACCCUGUCGCCAGCGCUGCUGCAGCGCUCGGGCGCGGGGCAGGCAGAGACGGAGCAGCCGCUGCUGCGGGAGCAGAAGCCCCUGGAGCUGCACAGGCUGACGGGGGCCGAGCAGAGCUCGAGCAGAGCCGCCCACCCCCAGCUCCCUGAGAAGGUCCCCACGGAUGCCGAGGCCACGCUGGUCCUCGUGGGCUGCGCAGCCUUCCUGGAGCAGCCCAUGCUGGCCUUCGUGCGCCUGAAGGACGCGGUGACACUGGACACCGUCCUCCACGUGCCCCUACCCGUCCGCUUCCUCUUCGUGGUCCUGGGCCCUGACAGCCCCCACAUCAGCUACCACGAGAUCGGCCGCGCCGUUGCCACCAUGAUGUCCGAGAGGGUCUUUCGCCAGGACGCCUACCUGGCCGAGGGCCACCAGGACCUGCUGCAGGGGGUGGAGGACUUCUUGGAGGCCAGCAUCGUCCUGCCGCCCACCGACACCCCCGACCAGCAGCUCCUCAGCAGCCUGGUGCCACUGCAGCACGAGCUGCUCCGCCACCGCUACCAGCGCGCCAAGAAAGCGCCGGCCGAGGGCUUCCGAAAAGACCUGGGUACGGCGGGGACCACCCUGGCCCCCCCCAUCCCCGCAUCCCCUGUCCCCAUGGCUGCCAGGACCCCACCCCCCUCCUUGCACGUGGGGUCGUUGUGGGUGUCCCCCCCCCCCCUCCCCAACCCUCUGCUUGUGUCCCCAGGGCUGGAGGAGCCGGCGCCAGAGGACGACGACCCCCUGCGCAGGACGAAGCGACCUUUUGGGGGGCUGGUGCGGGACAUCCGCCGCCGGUACCCCAAAUAUCUCAGCGACAUCAAGGACGCUCUCAACCCCCAGUGCCUGGCUGCUGUCAUCUUCAUCUACUUCGCAGCGCUGUCACCUGCUGUCACCUUUGGAGGCUUGCUGAGUGAGAAAACCAACGGCAUGAUGGGGGUGUCGGAGCUGCUCAUCUCCACCUGCGUGCAGUGCGUCCUCUUCAGCCUCCUCAGCGCCCAGCCUCUGCUCGUCGUCGGCUUUUCGGGGCCCCUCCUCGUCUUCGAGGAAGCCUUCUAUUCAUUCUGCAGUAAUUAUGGCGUGGAGUACAUCGUGGGCCGGGUCUGGGUCGGCUUCUGGCUGAUCCUGAUGGUGCUGGUGGUGGUGGCCUGCGAGGGCAGCUUCCUGGUGCGCUACCUGUCCCGCUACACCCAGGAGAUCUUCUCCUUCCUCAUCUCCCUCAUCUUCAUCUACGAGACCUUCUCCAAGCUCGUCACGAUCUUCCAGGAUCACCCGCUACAGCGGCAUUACAACGUGCAGCCCACGGUCCAGCCCAAGGUGCCAGAGCCCAACACGGCGCUGCUGUCCCUCGUCCUCAUGGCUGGCACCUUCUUCUUGGCCUUAUUCCUCCGCAAGUUCAAGAACAGCUCUUUCCUGCCUGGCAAGGUCCGGCGCUUGAUCGGGGACUUCGGGGUGCCCAUUUCCAUCUUCAUCAUGGCGCUGGCCGACUUCUUCAUCAAGGACACGUACACGCAGAAACUGAAUGUCCCCAAAGGGCUGGAGGUCACCAACUCGUCUGCUCGGGGCUGGUUUAUCAAACCCCUGGGGAAGGACAACGACUUCCCCAUCUGGAUGAUGUUUGCCUCCGUGUUGCCCGCUUUCCUGGUCUUCAUCCUCAUCUUCCUCGAGACGCAGAUCACCACCCUCAUCGUCAGCAAGCCCGAGAGGAAGCUGGUGAAGGGCUCCGGCUUCCACCUGGACCUGCUGCUGAUCGUGGCCAUGGGGGGGCUGGCCGCCCUUUUCGGCAUGCCCUGGCUCAGUGCCACCACCGUCCGCACCAUCACCCACGCCAACGCCCUCACCGUCAUGAACAAAGCCACCGCUCCCGGAGAGAAGUCCCAGAUCUUGGAGGUCAAGGAACAACGCAUCAGCGGCUUCUUGGUGGCCGUGCUCAUCGGCGUCUCCAUCCUCAUGGAGCCCAUCCUGAAGUACGUCCCGCUGGCCGUGCUCUUUGGCAUCUUCCUCUACAUGGGCGUCACCUCCCUCUUUGGCAUCCAGCUCUUCGACCGCAUCCUGCUCUUGCUGAUGCCACCCAAGUACCACCCCAAAGAGCCCUACGUCACCCGGGUGAAGACAUGGAGGAUGCAUCUCUUCACCUUCACCCAGAUCGUCGUCCUCGCGCUGCUCUGGGCAGUGAAGUCCACCCAGGCCUCGUUGGCGCUGCCCUUCAUCCUCAUCCUCACCGUGCCCCUGCGGCGCUUCCUGCUGCCCAAGAUCUUCCAGGAAAUCGAGCUCAAAUGUCUGGACGCAGAUGACGCCGUGGUGACCUUCGAAGAGACGGAGGGCGUAGAUGUGUACAACGAGGUGCAGAUGCCCAGCUAAGGGCUCGCUGCCACCCGUCCCCCCCCCCGGAUGGCCCCGUGCCCCCCUGGCCCCCCCCACCUGCUUACAGCCCACUGCUGCCAUCCCGGGUGACAGGGGAGAACUUGGGGACACAGCCCCAGAGCCCCAGUCCCCACUUGCGCACCCUGUGAAUGGAGCUUUUAUUUUUUUUUUUUUUUCCCACCUUUUUUAAUCCUUUUUUUUUUUUUAAAUAUUUUGGAUGGUGUGAUCUCACCCGCACUUUGCUACCCGCUGGGGAAGAGGCUGCCUGGGCUGGUGGGGGGGAGGGUCCCCACGGGCCACCCCACACCCCGUGGCAGGGCGGGACGACCCAUGCCUCGUGUCACCAUCCUGUCCCCAAGGCCACCCUGGGCCUGCGAGCACAGGAUGGAGCUGGAGGAAGACGCCGGAGCCCAGAGAGAGGAGGAAGGCAGGGACGGGGUGACACGGCAGGGAUGGAGACACGGCGGAACGGGGUUCCCCCCAUUCUCCCCAGCCCCGCUGCCUCCCCCUGGGGACACCCCCCCCGCCCAGUCCCGCUUCCCCAGAUGAACUUUCAGUGCUAACGAGCACAAGCUGAGACAGACCCCUCUCCCCACAGAGCCCUUUUUCCCCUUUUCUCCAUCGUUCGCUCCAGCGAGAGCACCCCAGCUGCUCCGCUGCGCUCCCAGCUGCUCCCAGCAUCUCCCGGGGUCAGGAUGUAAAUAGUCCAGUGAGAGCGUUUAUAUAUUUGCAAUGAAGAUAAUAAUAACGCUAAAAACACCAAAGAAAAAAAUUAUGCUGAUGCUUCUGCAGGUAGGAUUCACUCAGAAUCAAACAAAAAUCAACGAAAAAGUUCAAAAAAAGCACCUUAAAAAAGAAAAAAAUUAGGGAAAAAAAAAAAAAAAAAAAAAAGCAGCUGCAAGGAGUAAUCUGUAUAUUUGAUGCUAGCAAUUGGGGGAGUUUGUAAUUUAUUUCUAAAGGCUGAUUGUGCUCCCGCCCACAGCGGGGGCCGUGUGCGUGUGUGUGUAUAUACUAGAGAGAAACUAUAUAAAAAUUUACAAUUUUCUAGAAAGGCUUAUUUUAAAGGAUCCAGGUCAGGGCCUAAACUCUAUGGACCAGUCCGGCAGUGCCGUUUAGCUGAUGAAUUAGCGUUGGUAUCGUUCCUCUUUAUUUUUUUAGCAUUUCAAUUAAAUCUAUGUAGUUUUUAA